AUGUUCGGCAUGCUCACGCCCGCCCCGCAGGCGCCGGGCCCGACGUACGUGUACAAGACGUACGAGGACCUCUUCGCCGACCUGAGCCUUCGUAUGCAGUCGGACGGGUACAAGGUUGUCAAGGCGCGCUCCCACCGCGGCAAGAUUGGCGGCGCUGACGUGCCCGGCAACGAGAUGGUGCGGUGCGACCUCGUGUGCGACCGCGGCGGGCGGCCUUACAAGUGUCUGGCCACCAAGCACAAAACCAGCACCAAGAAGACGGACUGUCCGUGGAAGGCCAAGGCUGUCAAUCGCAAGAUGAUGGGCGGCUGGGUGCUGACUGUCAUCUGCGACCAGCACAACCACGAGCCCGGCACCCCGGAGCCUCCGAGCCCGGCUGUGAGUGAGCAUGAUGCGGAUGAGGAGCUAGAUGAAAACGAGGGACCGGUGCUAGAUGCCGAAACUUCGGCAGCAAUCGCCGUCGCGGGCGUUUCACAAGCUCGCGUCCAGAUUCUCGCCCAGUUGCAGAUGCGGAUAGCCGCUAUCUACGCCAUCGAGAACGAAGAUACUCAGCGCCAGGUACGCCUAGAUCAGCAAGAAAGGCGCCAUCGCCAAAUCGAUACGCGGCGGCACUUCUCGACGGCAGGCAGCGGUAGUGGGACCGGUGGACUAGCAGGCGAGAGGCGGUCCAGACGGGCGACCGCCGCCGCGCUGGAUGGUGGGGAUGGUGACGAUCGUACGGUGCAAGGGAGCCCCUCGGCGACGAGGAGGACACAGGCAACUUUGCAGGAUGACCAAGGGAUGCAACAGCCGCAUUUGGACCUUCAAGGACAGAUGACGGGCUCUCGGAUCAUGUCACAACAACACCAACAACAACAGCAGCAUACCCAGGACGAUGUGGACUCGUUCAUCCACGGCGAAAGACAAAUCGAGAUUACCGUGCAGGAUGCACUUCAUGCCUGGGAGACCCAAGAACAACCCAAUAUCGCCCAGUUGGCGUGA